AUGCCGGGCCAACUAUUAAUCAUAACACCGGGAGCCUCUGCUGCAGUCGAGUUGAAACGUUUUCGACCACUUCCUCGGCCUCAACUAUUUUCAAUCGUUUGUCGGGUCUUUGAUUUUCGUGCUGACAUGCUAGAUAAAUAUGUUUUAAUGAAGCCCCCUUCGGUAUACUGUCAAGUAGACUUUCUAAAUGAUCCCUCUUGGCGAUCGCAUGGAACAAAUGGGAAUCCCAGUCCAAAUGUGGGUUCUACUGACGACAGAGGGGAGGAUCGUUCAUUUUAUUCCCUACCGAUUCCAUUACAGACAGAAGGGAAACAUGCCCUAUUCGGAACUUUGUUUGAAAUUCCAUGUGCCGACUGGACAGGGUCUUAUAACUGA